UGAAUAAACAAAGCAUGAUCGGUCUGUUUCCUGGCCACGAGUCAGCUGACCUAAAGCAAAACCAAUUGGAUUUCGGCUCUCAGGAAGACAAGCAGCACGCUGCGAGUGUGUGAACUUUGUGUCCAGCCAAUGUACAUACAUGAAUACCGAGGUGUCGGUUCUGUACUUUGCAAAAAGUGCCGAAUUAACGGGACUUAAAGCGGAGAACAUUACUGUUCCGUCAAACAUAACAUCUCUACAGCUGUGGCAGGAUUUGGAGAACAGACAUCCGAGACUCUCUGUGUUGCGAGAUCAAGUGGUUCUUGCAGUGCGUCAGGAAUACGUGCCUUUGGGUGCGCAGCCCUUGACCCUCAGACAGGGAGACGAGGUGGCCAUUAUACCACCCCUUAGUGGAGGGUAAAGGGAUUACCAAG